GUUAAUGUUAAAAGAUGGUUGGUAAAAUGUAAAAAGACAGAAACAAACAAACAAACAAACAGGAGGAACCUGAGACGGUGCGGAGCGAUAGAGGGAGGAGGAAGAGGGAGAUAGAUUGAGCGAGAUCUUCAAUUUAGGGUUUUGAAUUUCGUUUUCAUCAAGGGAGAAAGUGUGAGAAUUUUAUAGAGAGUGGUGUGAGAACGAGGUGGAAUUGGAUAGAAUUUUUGUUUUUCUUGUUAAUUUCCCCUUCACAGGGAUUUUUAUUGUGCUUUCUUCAAGUUUCAAAUGGAGCAGAGAAAGCUUGUGGUUUUGGGGAUUCCGUGGGAUGUUGAUACCGAGGGUUUGAAAGAAUAUAUGAGCAAAUAUGGUGAAUUAGAAGAUUGCAUUGUCAUGAAGGAGCGUUCAACUGGACGAUCUCGUGGUUUUGGUUAUGUUACAUUUGCUUCAGUGGAUGACGCCAAGGAAGUAUUGUCAGGUGAACAUGUUCUUGGUGAUAGGAUGCUGGAAGUCAAAGUGGCUACCCCAAAGGAGGAGAUGAGGGCACCAGCCAAAAAAGUUACCAGAAUUUUUGUGGCCAGGAUUCCACCAUCAGUAACAGAAGAAACUUUUAGAAGUCAUUUUGAGAAAUAUGGUGAUAUAACAGAUUUGUACAUGCCAAAGGAUCAAGGCUCAAAGAUGCAUCGUGGAAUUGGUUUUAUCACUUUCGGAAAUGCAGAGUCUGUGGAGAAUUUGAUGUCAGAAACCCAUGAACUCGGAGGUUCUGCUGUAGUGGUUGAUCGAGCUACACCUAAGGAAGAUGACGUUAAGCCAACUGGCAGAAUGUCACAGGGGGGAGGAUAUGGUGCAUACAAUGCAUAUAUUUCUACAGCAACUAGAUAUGCAGCACUCGGAGCUCCUACUUUGUAUGACCAUCCCGGCCCAAUUUAUGGAAGGGGAGAGCCUCGUCGGAGAAUUAGUAAAAAGAUUUUUGUUGGUCGCCUCCCCCCAGAAGCAAAUUCUGAGGAUCUCCGUCAAUAUUUUGGAAGAUUUGGCCGCAUAGAAGAUGUUUACAUUCCCAGAGAUCCUAAGAGAACAGGUCACAGGGGUUUUGGAUUUGUUACAUUUGCUGAUGAAGGCGUAGCAGAUCGUGUCUCUCUAAGGCCUCAUGAGAUUUGUGGACACGAGGUGGCAAUAGAUUCAGCCACACCUGUUGACGAUGCUAGGCCCAGCGGAAAUUUUAUGAUGAACAAUAGUAUGGAAUCUUUUGGGGGAUAUGGCGGUCCGGUGCGAAGUUAUGGGAGGAUGUAUGGUGGUUUAGACUAUGAUGAUUGGGGUUAUGGAGUUCCCAGUGUGAGGCCAUCAAGAGCAGAGUAUCAAGAGCAGCUUGGGAGGCCAUCAAGAGCAGAUUAUCAGGAGCAGAUUGGGAGGCCAUCAAGAGCCGAUUAUCAGGAGCAUAUUGGGAGGCCAUCAAGAGCAGAUUGGAGGUACAGGCCAUACUAGUAUGACACAGCUACUAUUGGUGGUAUUGCUUCUGCAAUGUUAGCAUGGAUGUCUGCACACUGUGGUGCAGGUCUUUUAGUAUUAAUUAAUUAUGAAGUUGUAAGCACUAAAUAUUGGAUUCUAUUGUAACACAGAAAUACUCAUUUUCUUUUUGCUUGAACUAUUUAUCAUCUGUAUCCAAUUAAAGUGAAGAUUAUGGCCGUCUGCUAGAUCUCUUUAUAGGCAUGAUAAUAGGUUGUGAUUUAUUCUA